AUGAGGUCCACAGAAGCAACAUUGAACAUUGGCAGCGUUAACGUGGCACUGGAAACAGUCCUGGAGUUCGAGAAGAAGGACAUCCCGUCCGACGUCAAGGUCCUCGACAGAGUCCAGAAGUUUCUGGCCAGAGUACGAAGCAUCCUGAACGAGUCUAUGGAUACUAGGAGAUCAGAUAGAAGGGACAGAAUAAAGUUCACCGAUUUUGUCGAAAAUGCAUUGAUUAUAUUGAGGUCAUUCUCUGACGAGGACCUGGAGGAGCUUGUGGUGGUGGUCGACGACGAGCUGAGGAAGUACCACUACAAGGGCUGCAAGUUCUACGAGCUGGUACAGAACGAUGACCUCAGGAGCUACGUCACCACCAACCUGGAGCUGAUGCGGGCGACUCCUGCCAAACAUCUCAAAACAUAUAUCGCCAAUGCGCAGAAGAAACUCCAGAACAAGUCUUUCAACGACGAGGAGAAUGCUUUCAUCGAGUACAUCAACUCUCUGUACAGUGGAAACACUUCGGAGACCAUGUACAACAUCUUGCAGAACCUCCAGCAGUACAACACUGCUUCCAAACGAAGCACCACAGGCCUCCAGAAGAUAGUCAAGGACGCUAUCAGGUCCGUUGUCUUCGACCACUACUCCAACCUCAACGUCAACGCUAGGAGAGACUUGAGAAUCAAAGUGGCCACGUACUUAAUAGACUAUUAUGCUAAAGAUAAAAAAAUGAAUUCGACUAUCGUCAGAUUUAGUACUGAGAAAGUUGAUUAUGAAGCUGUUACUCCCGUGACGCCUGAUAGAAAUUUAGUUGAGACGUUGAAGAACAAGUUAUCACCCUUCAGAGAGUUGACAAAUGAGUCGGUAACGAAUUUGGUCGCUGAAGCAAAGACGCCGUAUAGGCCUAUCAUGACUUUGUUCCCUGAAGACAUAACGAUGGAAUCGAAGCCUUUAAAGAAAAGGAAAAAGAGGGGGAAGAGGAAAAUGACGUCUCCGAUGCCAAUGCAAACGUUGUGGGAGGAAGAAAACGCUGCCAGGAAGAAGUCUGUCGAAGACCAGCCUAAAACCAAGAAGACCAAACAACCCAAGGUCCAUCGGAAAGAUAAAAAGAAGCCUCUGAAAGAGAUAAAGAUAUUUUCAGAGCAGAACGCGAUUAUAAACGUUGGAAGCACCAAAUUACCUGCUACUGGUGCUUCUGUUAGCAAAAAGAAAAAGCACAAACACAGGCACAGACAUGGUAAGAGGCAUAAGUCUAAGAAAAUCAGAGCUUCUACCGACAAAACAACUGCGGAAUCUAAAGUAUCUACUGAAAAGAAGAGUACAAUAAAAAUGAAAACAUCCAAAGAAAAGACAGCUUCUAAAGAGGACUUAAUUGAAAAGACCACUAAAGUCCAACCCAUUCGUAAAGCUAUCGACAAAUCCGUGGACAUAGAUGGAUUGUCUAUCGAAAUGUUCCCAAGACGGUUUUUGUCUGACAAACAUAAAGCGGUACUUAGCAAACGAUCACAAAUACGAAGAGACGAGCUUAGAUUGAAACGGAGGUCCAGAAAUAUUACUUUAUCGAGGUUUUUGACGACCAAACAUGCUAAAUUGAAGCGACGGUUCAAAACGAUCACCCGUCGUGUUUCAACUCCAUCCACAACUGACACUAACUUUAUAUUAAAAAAGAUAAAUAAUUUAGAAAAAGAAUUAGAAAAUGUUAAACACAGAAUGUAUGAAAGUACCAGUACAACUGGAGUCACUGUGACAACUGAUUUGCCACUCUGGGAACGUAAUCGGGAGAAAUUAAAAACAACGAAUAGGGUCACGACGUCUACAACAGAACCUUCGGAUUCCGAAGAAGUAACAGAGAAAAGUGUAACAGUUACAAAAGCCACCCCUAAAACGUUUACAACUGCUCCUGCUAGCAAGGUUACAGCACCUAUUACAAAAAAGAUCACAAUUACCCUUCCAAGAAACGGUACUUUAGCAAAUAUCUCUGUUCCAUCAACUACUGUUGCUUCUUCAACAAAACUGACUACAAAUUCAACUUUGACUACACCGACUCCGACCACUGUACCUCCUACUACAACAACACCAAUGAUUGCAACUAUAGUAUUCAGAUCAUCUGACAACUCCACAUUUCUACCGGUAAUCUUACACAAAAACGAAACGAUAGCUAAACAACUAAAACCAGUUAUAGAAUUCGCUGAAAACGAAGAUAUUAAUGAGGUAACAGACAAUUUAAUUACAAAACAAAACGAAUUUAAGUACAAUGAAACAGAGAUCCUAAAGAAAGGAAAAGUAAAAUUUGAAAUCAAAGAAAAGAAAGAUGCCAAUCUAUCUUUAUACAGUAAGAAUACAACCAGAAAGGAUCUUAAAUCUACUUUGAAGGAAACAGUUAAGAAAACUACUUCAAAACAAGAAGUCCAAACUCUACCCUUCUUUAGUCUGCAUAAAACGGUAAACAAUUUGACACAGAAUGAUAAUAUAAAGUCCAAUAUUAAGCUACUGAAUAAAACAAGGAUAUUGAACUUUUCAAGCCCUGACUGUGACGCACCUGGAGCCUAA